UGACCGGGCGCCGCCGGAAUAAGAAACUGCUAGGCUCGGGGCUCCAGGAGCCAUGAGGUUCCGGUUCUGUGGUGAUCUGGACUGCCCUGACUGGGUCCUGGCGGAGAUCAGCACGCUGGCCAAAAUCUCCUCCGUGAAGCUGCGGCUGCUGUGCAGCCAGGUGCUAAAGGAGCUUCUGGGACAGGGGAUUGACUAUGAGAAGAUCCUAAAGCUCACUGCUGACGCCAAGUUUGAGUCAGGCGAUGUGAAGGCCACGGUGGCAGUGCUGAGUUUCAUCCUCUCCAGUGCGGCCAAGCAUAGCGUAGAUGGCGAAUCCUUGUCCAGUGAACUGCAGCAGCUGGGGCUGCCCAAAGAGCAUGCGGCCAGCCUGUGCCGCUGUUACGAGGAAAAGCAAAGCCCUCUGCAGGAGCACCUGCGGGCCUGCAGCCUGCGUGUGAAUAGGUUGGCAGGUGUGGGCUGGCGGGUGGACUACACUCUGAGCUCCAGCCUGCUGCAAUCUGUGGAAGAGCCCAUGGUGCACCUGCGGCUGGAGGUGGCAACGGCCCUGGGUGUCCCAGCCCAGCCUGUUACCAUGUCCCUUUCAGCAGACAAGUUCCAGGUCCUCCUGGCAGAACUGAAGCAGGCACAGACCCUGAUGAGCUCCCUGGGCUAAAAAGAAGGGUGUUCUGGGCCUGUGUGGAGCCACCCUUCCUGUGUCGCUGCUGCCCUCUGAACUUCUCUUCAGGGGAGGUCCCAGUUCUAGGAUGCUGGGGGCCUGGCCUGCGCCCUGGCCUCCCAGAUCCCUGGCUGCCUAGUUUCUCCCCUGAGAAUUCAACACAGGGCUCCUGCAGACUUUUUCCAGCAUUGCCUUCCCUCUCCUUGAAAGGCACUUGUCAACCGUUUUCAUGAGCGAGAAGAAUAAACAGAAGUAUGGAGGAG